UAAAUCGGACCUCAGUCAGGGAGGAGCGUCUCUCACAGUCUGAUGUCUUUCCGGGCAUCCAGCAGACGGCACUGUGUGGUUCCUUCCCGCAUCUUGACGACCUCUGCUGCAGUUCUUUCCUUUUUCUGACUUGCAUCUGUGGCCCUUAGGUCUCUUCUAAAUUAUUUAUCUCACAAAAUUCUACUUUAUCUUGCUCCAACUUUCACCUUUUGCUUAAGAAUAAAUACUUGGGAGCUGCUGCCUUGUGAGUAGAUUUGAUUUCAUUUGAUUUUAUGAGAUUUUGGCUGUCAAACGCUGAGGUACUUGCCGGCCAUUCAGCACUGAAGAGAACAUGGAUACCCCUGUGCCUCUUGUCUUUAGGAUUCCUGCUGUAUUGCUUAGGAAAAACGGACAAAAUCUCGGAACUUCUGAAAUUUUCUAGCGCAGUGGCCGUUUCCAGCUACACAGGCAUCACCUUGGCAAAAGCGAAAGGAGGUUCUGGAAUCGGGUAUUCCAGCGCCAUAAGCGCCUUUCCAAAUGUAACCGUUCCGGCAACGGUUCCAGAGCCCACUAAGGAUUACGAAAAGUUGAAAACGGCACCGCCUGGUCCAGACAAGGAAGAAGAAGAGUUGGGAGCGACGGAAAGCAAAAAGAUACCCAUCAGAGGACCCGGCGAUUCUCAGUUGCCCUUCCAGUCCAAGUUCGCUGCUCAGGUAAAUAAAACUCCUACGGACUUGUUCGUGGAAAAACCUCGCGGGCCCGGAAGCGAGGAUGUGAAUAAUACGUCCCUCAAGAAAAUACUCUUCUGGAAUGAAGCGUAUGGUAGUAAAGACUUUGGCCUGGGCUACGGUCGAGAACCUUUUAUUCGAGCUAAAUGUCCCGUGAACACCUGUUUCACGACAGGGAAUCGUAGCAGGUUCAAGCAUGAAGAAUUGGACGCUAUCCUGUGGCAUUUUAGGUCGAACGACCGUUCUUUGCCCUCUGUGAGGUCUCCCCACACCCGGUACGUCUUCUGGGUGAUGGAAUCAGCUUCCUACCUUUACGGAAACAUUGACAAUUACCGACACGUUUUCAACUGGACCUUCACAUACAGGCGGGAUUCGGAUUUCCCUAACACUUACGACGUUGUAUACCGCCGUCGCACUCCCGUCGCAUUGCCGGACUAUCGAAAUAUCACGUCGGGAAAGACCAAGCUGGCUGCCUGGUUUGUCUCGAACUGCCACACGGCCAGCAACAGAGAAAAAUUUGUUCGUGAUCUUACGAAAUUCAUGAAUGUUGACAUUUAUGGCGGAUGUGGGCCAUUGAAAUGUUCGAGGUCGACUCAGUGGGACACUUGCUACACGAAUCUAGAAAAGGAUUACAAGUUCUACUUCUCCUUCGAAAACUCCCUUUGCCAGGACUACGUCACCGAGAAAUUCUUCAAUAUAUUGAGCAGGUUUUAUGUGGUUCCAGUAGUUUAUGGUUUCGGGAACUACUCUGCGCUUGCUCCGCCUCAUUCGUAUAUCAACGCUCUGGAUUUCCCGUCGGCUGAAGCCUUAGCCAAUUACCUACUACACCUCGAUAAAAACGCCACAGCGUACAACGAGUACUUCCGAUGGAAGUCAUACCACCAUUUUCCCACCGACUGGGACAAGAGAAUGAAUCACUGGUGCGAGCUGUGUAGACGCCUACACACCGACAAGGAGACUAAGACCUACAACUUAAUGGAUUGGUUUGUCCAGAAAUCCCACUGCCGCGGGUCGUUCGAGGAUGCCAGAGCAUUCCUGCGUAAAGGGAAAUGAUACAUAGAUCUGCCUUCAGCGUUUCUCAGACGUUCAGAGAAUGAGAGAUCUGACGCUUGCCAGUGGAACAAGUUUGGAAAUAUUCCAGAGAUAAUUCUGAACAUUCUCAACACAAAUCACAGGCUGCGCCGUGCCUGGGUCCUUUUGCCAGCUAUUGAAUAGUUUGGCUUAUGAACAAAUCUUGAGAGUCCCACUCCUACGUCAGCCCAUUCUCCUGGAUUGUGACGCCAAGCCAAGAAGUGCCUAACAAAAUCCUUUUUUCCUCAAUUUGUGUGCGAAAACUAAGCAGCAGUCUUGUUGCGUUAGCUGUUGCUGCUAAUUUAGGAGAUAAUUUUAAGGUAAAGGUUGUGAUAAGUAACAUGAAUGUGCCUUUUUGUAGAUAUUAAGAAACUUUGAACUUUUCUAAUAAACGGUUUGUCUCAUCCUGAUACACAAAAGGUUAUUGAAUAAAAACCACUUGGGUCUGCUUUGUAGUUCAGUUUGUAAAAGCUUGGAGGUUAUUUAUUAUUCAUUCGUUAUGAUAUAUUUGUUUUUGUUCCAUGUGUUUUUUUUCUAAUUUCUUUCCUUAUUUGAUAUGCUUACAGUACUGACUGGAGCACUAGCCUCAUCUAACGUAACUAAACAGUCGGGUUCCAAGACCGCUUGCUUUGCAGUUCAGUAUCAGAGAGCUAAGAAAGGUUUUUAUAGCCAUUACAUAUUCUUUACGAUAUAUUUCUCGUUUCUCGAUGUGCUUUUUCACGUUUUGUCUGCAUCUUAAAUUGAUAGGAACACUACACUAAACUAACCCUCGGUUGCCAUGGGUUCGGGCGCCAUAACCUAAACCUCAAAUUAUCGAGUUUCGGAUGACGGAAGUCAAACCACAUGAUUGAUUCACCAACAUUUUUUUAGUCAAGAGUAUUGGAGUAAGUCUGAAUUAUUUAUAUCGUUAUUUAUCGUGGAUAAGCCACUGGACUAAAACUGAAUUCUAGUUUGUGCACGAAAGGUAAUAAAAUAA